AUGCUAGCGGGAAGGUGUUCCUUUUGGAUGCGGAACCGGAGAGGGUUCUGGCAUCAUUGGAACAAUUUUGUAAGAGAAUUUCGGUCUCGUUAUUAUCCAGCAACUUACGAGGAAGACCUGGAUACUCAAAACCUGGGUCAACGGCAGCAUGAAGGUGAGGCCAUCGACGACUACGUAGAGGAACUUCAGACCCUCAUGAGGGGGAGAGGAGAUUUCUUAGUCAGCCACCAGCUGCAGAGGCUCUACAAGAAUCUUCUACCUCAGUACAAGCUGUACAUCAGGGAAGCCGAAAUCUAUUUGGUGGACGAUCUGCUCAAGCUGGCCAGGCAGUAUGAGAGAAUAAAAUCGGAGGAGAAAAGCGCUCAACAGAGGCAGUGGGCUGCGAAACAGGAGGAGCCUCGUCCUAGUUGCACCUGUGAGAAGGACCAGAAGAGGACUACAGACAAAGCCGCCGUGGUGAGAAAUAGGAACCAGCUUCAACUGGAACUGGAGUCACAGUUUGACAACAGGCUGUAUACUACAGUCGAGGUAGCUGACCACCAAUAUCGAGCUUUACUCGAUACAGGAGCUGAAUCCAACUACUUAAGCUUAGCAACGUUUGCAAGCUUAGAAGCAGCUGGAUGUGCAAGGAGAACUCCGACAGAGAGGGGUGUGAUCUUGGCGAAUGGAACAGCGGCGCGGCUGUAUGGGAAGGUGGAAAUCAACCUGAAAGUCAGCCAAGAGGUGCUACCCAAAGUGAUGACAAUCAUGGAGGGAUUAUCACCCAAAUUUUUAUUCGGUAUGCAGUUCCUGCAGGAGCACAGGGUGAAAAUCGACACCGGCACCCGCACCGUGGUGUGGGAGCCCCAAUCCAGGGAGAAGAGUACUUCAACCACCCAGAAAACUGGGAAGGCCGGAGGAAGAGAGAUAAAGUCCGGUGCAGCCGCGAUAGACAUGCAAGGAAAGUGUCCGCAACCCCAGGAGACACACGUCUUCAUGCUGGUAUGUGUCCGAGAUGUCUGGCUUAAUGCACUGGUCGAUACCGGGGCUGAGUCGUCCUAUGUCUCUGGAGAGGCAGCAUGA